AUGAAGCGGAGGAUCAGAAUUGUGCUGAUCAUUGUGAUUUUUGUUUUUGAACAGCCUACCAAGUUAAGAAAGACGAGGAAGCUCCGUGGACAUGUCAGUCACGGCCAUGGUCGUGUUGGCAAACACAGAAAGCAUCCUGGUGGUCGCGGUAAUGCCGGUGGUUUGCAUCAUCACAGAAUCAAUUUUGAUAAAUACCACCCUGGUUACUUCGGUAAGGUCGGCAUGAGGCAUUACCACUUGAAGAAGAAUCAACAUUAUUGUCCCACAAUUAACUUGGACAAACUGUGGACCUUGGUCAGUGAACAGACCAGGCUGAACCAUGCUAAGAACCCAGAUGGACCAGCACCAGUCAUUGACGCAGUGCACGCCGGUUAUUUCAAGGUGCUCGGCAAAGGGAAGCUCCCCAAGCAGCCAGUCAUUGUAAAAGCCAAGUUCUUCAGCCGACGUGCCGAGGAGAAGAUUAAAGGUGUCGGUGGUGCUUGUGUGCUGGUAGCAUAA